CAUGCAUCGAGGAAGCGAAAACUGGCUCGUCGUGCAGUAGCAUGCCGCUUAUUACCAGGGCCGUGGCUGACAGCAACAGUGAAUCCUCUUUGCCGGUUGACAUACGCCACUGUCUGUGUACCGUAACUCCAGUCAGUCCUGAACCACAGACAGACACCAACUCGAAGUCCAAAGUGUAUCACCACUUCUCCUGCGGCACCAAACUCGGCAGUACGACUUGACAUGGCAGGAGCUGCGACUGUGACCAUGCGAUAGCCAAGAGGAACACUCAAGAAUCACCCCGCCACAGGAAGUCGUUGCGAUCUAGAAUCAGCACACCGUAUUGGCGAUUGGAGUGAAGAAACGCAAACGAAACAACACGUCGCGGCAUUGGCCAGCGUUCAAACACCAUGAGUCACAACCAUGGCGGCAUGUCGAUGGGCUCGAUGGCCUUGCCUGCUCUUCCAGAAUUCCCCAAGUUUUAUUACGCCGUUGUAGGAAGCGCGGUUGCCAUCGCAACACUUGUCAACAUCUACAACCACCUUUUGUACAGACAAAGACUAUCCGCCGCAAGAGCAGGAACAUUGUCACCCGCAAAGCCGAGGUCCUGGUUCCCACUAUGGAGUGCAACACUGUUUGCUGUGACCCGAGAAGCGUCCAACUUCUCAGUCCGGAUACCGCUCAAAGGACGCUUUCUGAGGUUACCUACUGUCGGAUGUACCAGUUUAGUCCUGGCGAACGUGGUCGUUCUACUUGUGCUCUGCUUCUAUGGGCUCAACCUCACUGAUCAGUUCUCGAAAGAGAGCGUUGGGUUUCGAUGCGGUGUUGUGACACUCGGUCAACUACCACUCAUCUUCUUGCUCUCCGGAAGGAACAACGUCAUUGGGUUUCUUACUGGCAUCAGCUAUGAGCGUUUAAACUGGCUGCAUCGAUGGACCGCUAGGUGCAUGCUUCUUACGGCGACCGUCCACAUGGGCUACUUCUUCAGUGCUUGGGCCCCAUAUGACUAUAUCGGUGUUCAGCUCAAGCAGAACAAGCUUGUGUGGCGUGGACUGGCGGCCUGGUGCACGCUGAUGUGGAUCAACUUCAGUUCUGCGACACCCAUCCGUGGAUGGAACUAUGAACUUUUUGUUGUCCAACAUGUAGCCUCAUUUGCACUUUUCAUUGGUUUCGUUUAUGUCCACGCUCCGCCUGAACUGCAAGGCUACGUAUGGGCAGCAGUGGCUCUCUUCUUCUUCGACCGUGUGUUCCGAGCUCUGCGAGUCCUGUACACCAACAUCUCUCUCUUCCACCCAUCACACAAGCGGGAUGGGUUAUUGGCUUGCAAGGCCGAAUUCAUGCCACUGCCUCAUGAUACCACACGAAUCACCAUUAGAAAACCACCCAUUAGCUGGCGCCCUGGUCAGCAUGUCUUCUUAUCGUGUCAAGGAAUUGCCCCUCUGCAGAACCACCCGUUUACUAUCGCGUCGAUUCCCGAAGAUGGUAAGAUGGAGUUCUUGGUAAAAGCGCAAUCUGGGGGAACGAGACGCUUCUUCAAACACGCCCAGAAGUGGCAGGACUUAGCUGAUACACCAUCAAGACCAAAAACGGUCACCAUCGAGGGUCCAUAUGGGUGCCACAGACCGCUCCGCCAGUUCGACAGCGUCAUAUUGCUCGCCGGUAGCACUGGCGCUACAUUCACUGUGCCGUUACUUCGAGACGUUAUCCAAGGCUGGAGGGAAAACAGCGACCCAUCAGCAGCAUCAAAUACUUCGUUUCUUUCAUCGCCAAAAGGUGCAGUCACGCGCCAUGUCCGUUUUGUGUGGGUCGUCAAGAGCCGAGGCCAGCUCGAGAUGUUUUCCGAGCAGCUGUCAUCUGUGUAUGCCGACUUCCGAGUUAUUCGGGAGCAGAUGAGAGGCAUCAAGCUCGAGGUGACGGUUUACGUCACGUGCGAUGAAUCCUUCACAGAAGAGCACAAAUCAUUGCUAAAUACUAUGACCGCGCCGAAGAGCACAGCAGCCCAAAACAAAGUGGUCGAACACGGUACAGUGGAGCCCCGCAACCGUUCCACAGGAGAAAAGGACGGGUCCAAGAUCACCAAGAAUGAGGUGGAGGAGGUCUCAACAACCUCCCGCUCAUCAGAUGAAACCGGCGACGCAUGCGGCCCAGACGCCACAUGCUGCUGCCGCACCCCCAUCAACGAAGCCUCCGCCUCCAACCCAGCGUCCUGCUGCUGCUGCACUCCCGCAGACGCAGCAACCAGCUCUUCGCGCUCCAGCACCUCGUCCGCCCAACCGCUGCAACAGCCGCGCAAGCAGACCCUCGUGCACCCCUCGAUUCAGAUCUUCAGCGGCCGUCCGCAGACCAAGGAUAUCAUCCGCCGCUCGCUCGAGCAGGCGAUCGGCGAGUCGGCAGUGGUAGCGUGUGGGCCUCAGGGGCUGGUUAGCGAUGUGAAGCAGGGUGUUGUUGAAUUGAGUGAUGAGCGGGCGGUGCAUAAGGGGACGGGGGCGCAGGGCGUAUAUUUGCAUACUGAGAGCUUUGGGUAUUGAGUAGAAAUUUAUAGCAGGAGAAUAUAAUGAUUGUCGAU